AAAAGGAGAAAGGUAUGUAUGAAGGCAAUAAUACCCAAAUCCAAACUUGUUGCGUCAAAUUUAAGUUCACACUUCAACAAAUCGCCGCCUCCCAAGUCGGAGGAGGGUUCGCUCCUCCUGAUUCUCAUCCACUUUUCUUCUUUCUCCAAUUUAAGGCUAAAGCAAUUCUUCAAGGAAGGUAUGAUGAAAGAAAAUCCCAAGGGAAAAUGUGGGUCAUCUUCUCAUAAAUCCAUGAAAGAAAAAGAGAAAUACUUGGUGGAUAAGAUUCAAGGGAUUUUCACCAAUCUUCAGUCUGCCAGAAAGGAAAGCAGGGCUAAUGACAUUGUGAUGUUUGAGGAGCAGAUGCAUCAGUUGCUUCGAGAGUGGAAGGCCGAACUCGAGUCUCCGGCUACUUCCUUAGCUGAUGGGAGCCUUGGUUCGUUUACCGGGGAUUUAGCCCAACUGUUGCAAGCAAUUGAGGAGAAAGAUGACGCAACAAGUCCAUUAACAAACCCUGGGCCGUCGAAGACUGAUGUCCAUCAAAAUAACAUUAGUGAUAACAAUUAUCCGUAUUUUCAGGAGAAAUCUUUUGAUAAUAACCAGCCACUAAAUCAUACUUUCGAAGGCUCUGCUUCAACUAUAUUCAACAAUGCUUUAAAUAGCUCAGACAUGGCUCAGUUGGACUUUCAUCCAUUCGGUUUAAAUGAAGAAAUGAGUCACAACACUGUAGGUCACAACUCUGAUUUGAUUGGUCAGUUUGACUUGUAUCAAAACCACAGCCUCGAGCACAACACAGAAAUUAAAAACUCAGAGUCGGGUCAAUUUAGUUUUGAAGAAGGCUUUGAUUGUAGCCAAUUUUUCGUAGAUAAUGACACCACACAAUUUGGAGACAAUCUUAUACCUAACAUUCUUCCAAAUAUCCGCCCUCCACCUUCUGCUUUUCUAGCCCCAAAAUGUGCACUAUGGGACUGUUUCAGACCUGCUCAAGGGUUAGAACGGUGCCAGGACUACUGUAGUACUAAUCAUGAGCUUUUAGCUAAUAGCGAGGGUCUCCCUGGCAUGACUCCCAUUUUACGACCUGGUGGCAUUGAUGUAAAAGACGGUCCUUUGUUUGCUGCUGUUCUUGCAAAGACACUGGGAAAAGAAGUGGGCAUACCUAAGUGCGAAGGCGCUGCUUCAACGAAAGCCCCUUGGAAUGCUUCAGAGUUCUUUGACCUUUCUUUUCUUGAGGGUGAAACUAUUAGGGAGUGGCUGUUCUUUGACAAGCCUAGAAGGGCGUUCGACACUGGAAAUAGGAAACAGAGAUCACUCCCCGAUUACAGUGGGCGUGGUUGGCAUGAAUCAAGGAAGCAAGUGAUGAAGGAACACGGGGGACACAAGAGAUCCUAUUACAUGGAUCCCCAGCCUCUAAGUUAUCUCGAGUGGCAUUUGUACGAGUACGAGAUCAAUAACCAGGAUGGCUGUGCAUUAUACAGACUAGAAUUAAAGCUUGUAGAUAAAAAGAAAAGUCCUAAAGGAAAAGUUACUAAGGAAUCUCUAAAUGAUUUACAAAACAAGAUGGGAAAGCUAACCGCUGCCGUUCCGUCGCCAGACGAUGGAAAAUCGGUGAAGGGAAAAUCUGAAGCCAAGUCUGAGAAUAUUGGCCUGCCUGAAAAUUAAAAUUUGCCGACGGGAUGAUUUUUGCAAAAUGACUGACCAACUUGUACAUAUUUGAGGGUGGGCUUCAUCUUAUGGAAAUUUCUAACUUUUUCUGGACCAAGGUAAUGACAGAUUCUUGCGGUGGCAGGUGUUCAUAUUAUUGUAUGCUGAUUCAAAGCUAGAAUUUGUAGUUUUUGUCCCAAAUUGUAAUUUCUACACUUAAAUUUAUUGCUCAUUUAGCUUUGAUGUGAGCAAAUCCGAACAUAAGUCAUUUGUUUUAAAUUUAUGCUUAACCAAAAUCAGUUUCAUAAAAUUAAUUCAAUCAAAUCGCAUUUUGCCA